UGUACAGAAGCACACGUAAAGGUCACCUUCAGGUUUAGUCUGACUCAAGACGCGAAACGGUAUCUGACGUUAAGUCAGAGCACCGUAGACCUUUCGUCGACUUCAACUUAACAAGGGAAUCGUAUCAAUUUCAAUUCUUGUCACAAUUGGAUAUAUACUUUGUCGGGAUACAGCUGGUACCCUCGUCCAAAAAUGGCAGAAGAUUUAGCAGCACAAAGGUUUAUAAAACCUGGGAGUCAUAAAGGUAAAGGCCUUGCAGUCUUUACCAGUGGAGGUGAUUCUCAAGGCAUGAAUGCAGCAGUUCGAGCAGUUGUUCGAAUGGGUAUUUAUCUAGGAUGCAAAGUUUUCUUUAUUAGAGAAGGCUAUCAGGGCAUGGUGGAUGGUGGAAAUAAUAUUGUAGAGGCAAAUUGGUCCUCUGUGUCUUGUAUCAUCCACAGAGGUGGUACAGUAAUAGGAUCUGCUCGAUGCAAAGAAUUCCGGGAACGUGCUGGCCGUAAGAGGGCUGCGAAAAAUUUAGUAACCCAUGGUAUAAGUAAUUUAGUUGUAAUAGGAGGUGAUGGUUCACUGACUGGUGCAAACCAGUUUAAAGAGGAAUGGCCGGAUUUAUUAAAAGAAUUAGCUGAGGCAGGAGAAAUAACUGCAGAACAACGAGAGAAAUAUCAACAUUUGCACAUCGCUGGUAUGGUAGGUUCUAUCGACAACGAUUUUUGUGGAACCGACAUGACAAUUGGUACCGAUUCUGCGUUACAUCGUAUUAUCGAAAGUAUCGAUGCCAUUGUCAGCACUGCGUAUUCUCAUCAAAGAACAUUCAUUAUGGAAGUUAUGGGUCGUCAUUGCGGUUACCUGGCUCUAGUGGCAGCCAUUUGUUGCGAAGCUGAUUUUGUGUUCAUCCCAGAGUGGCCACCUGAACAAGAUUGGCCAAACAAGCUGUGCAAAAAGUUAUUACAGGAAAGACUUACUGGACAACGACUUAAUAUUAUUAUUGUAGCGGAAGGUGCUGUAGAUAGAAAUGGCCAACCAAUUACUGCUGAAAAAGUUCAUCAAGUUGUCGUGGACAAACUUCAGCAAGAUACCAGAAUUACGGUUCUCGGUCACGUCCAAAGAGGUGGUAAUCCGUCAGCUUUUGAUAGAGUUCUGGGUUGUCGAAUGGGUGCAGAAGCGGUAAUGGCAUUGAUGGAAGCAACACCGGACACUGAAGCAUGUGUCGUUACACUGGAUGGCAAUCAAGCCGUUAGAUUACCUCUCAUGGAGUGCGUUCGUCGUACUAAAGCGGUAGCACAAGCUAUGGCUGAUAAAAAUUGGGAACUUGCUGUACAACUUCGUGGAAAGGGCUUUGCUCGUAAUCUGGAAACAUAUAAGAUGUUAACUCGUCUGAAAGCACCUGUGGACCACGACCCGCGUAAGGAACAUUACACUUUAGGUGUAAUGCAUAUAGGAUCGCCUUCUUGCGGUAUGAACGCAGCGGUGCGUUCCUUCGUUAGGAACUGUAUCUACCGAGGUGACAAGGUGUACGGUAUUUGCGACGGAGUGUUAGGCCUUAUGGCUGGAAAAUUCAAAUUAAUGGAUUGGCCUUCUGUCACCGGUUGGGUAGCACAAGGUGGUGCUUACUUAGGAACUAAGCGUUCUCCACCCAAAGAGGACCAGCUGCCGCAGAUUGCUCAGAAACUUAAGGAAUAUGGAAUUCAAGCAGUGCUUAUCAUAGGAGGAUUCGAGGGCUACCAAACCGGACUUACCUUUGUCAAAGCUAGGGACAAGUUUGAAGAAUUUCGAAUUCCGAUUGCUAUGAUUCCGGCAACUAUUAGCAAUAAUGUUCCAGGAACCGAGUUUUCGUUAGGUUGUGACACUGCUUUAAAUGAAAUUACAGAGGUAGGCUUCUGGUGUGCCUGCCAGUACCGAAAUGUAUUCGUAGAAAGUUUAACUCAAACUAAACUAUUUCCCUUGGUGGGUGGAUACUGCGGUUAUUUAGCCACGGUCGCUGGAUUAGCCGGAGGAGCUGAUGCAGCCUAUAUUUUCGAGGAGAAGUUCAAUAUCAAAGAUUUGAAUCAAGAUGUCAUUGCGAUGGCUGCAAAAAUGUCUGAAGGUGUACAGAGAGGUCUCAUUCUACGAAAUGAGAAUGCUAACUUGAAUUACAACACAGAUUUUAUGCAGAGACUCUUUAGCGAAGAAGGAAAGGGUCUGUUCAGCUGUAGGAUGAAUAUUAUUGGUCAUAUGCAGCAAGGUGGCUCGCCUACUCCAUUUGAUCGAAAUUUGGGUACAAAAAUGGGUUCAAAAGCCGUCGACUGGUUCACCGAACAAUUCAAAAAAUACUCUACUGCUGGUAAUAAAGUAAGCACGAUGGACGCUGAUAGUGCAGUAAUGAUUGGUAUUGUACGAAGACAGUACAGAUUUACACCGUUUACAGACCUUCUUGAAGUUACCGACUUCGAGCAUCGCAUUCCAACAUAUCAAUGGUGGAUGAAAUUGCGUCCACUACUCAAAGUUUUAGCGAAACACGAGUCUACGUACGAAGAAGAAGGACUCUAUAUUACCGUAGAAGAAAUGGAUCUUGAUAACGAUCCCCUUGUCUAAGCUAGAAAUUACAUGUACGCGGUGAAAGGUAAUGCUCCAUAAAAUAUGCACUGUUAAUUGUAGAUUUUGUUAAACAGUAUUGUACGGCAUUAUGAUAAUCAUGUUCCGUUGUCAUUUGUGAGAAAAGAAGAUGCGAUCAAACGUUAGAUGAGAACACAAUCGUAGAAUAUAAUGUUCUGCGAGAUUUAAUACAGAUUAAGUAUUUUGACGAUCGGUGUGAAAUCGUAAUGUAUACGUAAUACGUAUACCCUUCGUUUGUACAUUCGGUUACUCGAUAACAAAACGUGCGCUUAUGACUUAAUUCUUUGAAUGCGAACUGUUUGGAUAAAUAACAAAUAUUAUUGGACACUAUUGUCAUAAUCGAGGAUAUAGAAUAAUAUUUUGUUUAAAAAAUACCGAAUUACACACACUCACGCGCGCACGCCCGCCGUACACACACGUAUAUUUAACUAUACAUAUUUUGAUUGCGACUUAGUGUCAAGGGAGGGAAGCAGGUACGAAGAUAGUACCUGAAACGUGGAGGUGAAGCUAUAUCUUAGUAAUGUAAGAAAGAAGUAGUAGGACAUUUUAAUGGCAUUUUCAUUGGUAACAACUGAUGAUUAUAUUGUUAUACUGAAUGGUGUUAAAUAUUUAUUCCAUUUGAAAGUAGAUCAAACGGGAGUAUAACUAUUAACUUAAUGUACAGCGUUUAAAUGUUAUAAUAUAAUCAAGAAGCAGUCAAGGUGUAACAACGUAAUGACAUUCAAAUACGAUGAUAAAGAUGAAUGCAAUUAACGACGUUAAUCUCUCGAUACGACGUUCGAGUCCACUAGCUUCCAAUCUUAGAUUUC